AUGGUCGCCUUCAACUCUCUCCUUUUCUCUCGCUCCUCCCCGCCGCUGCCCUCCACCGGCACCAACAAUGGCUACUAUUACUCCUUCUGGACCGACGGUGGCGGCACCAUAACCUACACCAACGGCGCUGCUAGGCAGUACAGCACCUCGUGGUCCGGCAGCAGCGGCAACUUCGUCGGUGGCAAAGGCUGGAACCCCGGCAGCGCGCGCGCAAUCACCUACUCCGGCAGCUGGAGCACCAGCGGCAACGGUUACCUAUCCGUGCACGGGUGGACUCGCUCCCCAUUGAUCGAGUACUACAUCCUCGAGAACUUCGGGGACUCUAACCCGUCAAGCGGCUCGACGCACAAGGGGACGGUGACAAGCGACGAGAGCGUGUACGAUACCUACACGGCUACGCGGACGAACGCGCCGAGCAUCGAUGGCACGCAGACGUUUACGCAGUAUUGGUCUGUCAGGCAGAGUAAGCGGGUGGGUGGGACGGUGACGACGGCGAAUCAUUUCAAUGCGUGGGCGGCGUUGGGGCUGAAUUUGGGGACGCACAAUUAUCAAAUUGUUGCGACGGAGGGGUAUCAUAGUAGCGGGUUCUCGAGUAUUACUGUUUCUUAAGCGUGUAUGGCUUCAAGGUUCUUUCGAUUUGGGAGGGCUUGCUGCGUCUUUGCUAGGCCUGUAUACAGUACUGUGCUUGGAGCCAGAUGGUGGAUGUUUCCUACCAGCUCAACAUCUUCGUAGGGAUUUGUGUCGGUGGUUAGUGUUCUCGUGGCCCCGGAAAAUACUUCAUUCCGUUCAUCGAUUUAUUAACAGAAGACUAGGGGAGACUGGGCUACAAAACCUUGUAUGUUGCCGGGGUUCUUUUGUAGGUAGGACAAAUUGGAGAAAAUUGCUUACAUUUCAAUUUUCUCCGUCUCACAGCUGCAUAGAACACUAUGUGGUGAAAUCGGAUAACGCUC